GACCGACUGCCGGUUAUGAACAGAGAAGAGCUGAUUCUGUAUCCUCAUGCAGUCGUUAAAAAGAAGCCUUUCAUUGCUCGCAAAGAUUAUUUGCCGCCACCGAACGUGCACCGAGGACCAGCCACACCUCCAGCAAGACAGAGGGGUUUUCCUCAUCACAAUGCGCCGACAGCAGCGUUGCCUUCGAAGGACGUACUGGUGAACAGAAACGCGUCGUUCUACGAGGCGUCGAAUUACUGCAGGCGACUGGGCUCCCACCUGCUGUACGUGCACGACCAACGGACACUGGAUAAAGUUCUCGGCCUUCUACCUACCAAGUCCGCAACCUGGAUAGGUUUGAAACAGGCCGGCACGAGUGAGCAUCGCCGAGGUGAUUACCACGAACCGAAACGUGGCAAGACCACCUUCCUGAACGUCAACUACUGGUUUCUGAGGGCGAUCGACUGUGUGACCUUAACCAAAGUCCAGUCGUUGUUCAAGCGCUACGAGCUCCGUCUGCACCACUGCGGUGGCAAACAUCCGUUCGUCUGUACGACCAACCCUGAUCUGGCUAAAAGUACCAAUCGUCGGUAUCAGGAGAUCGACUCAUACCUUGAAUCGAUCAAAUCCAGCGUAGAAGAAGUGGAACGGAAUGACGGCGACUACUACUUUGAGAGCGAUGUUGAAAAUUGA